GGCGGAGCACUCGGACCACCAGCCAGAAUUUGCCGCAUCUCGAACUUGAACCCCGGGCGGCGGACAGACAGACAGACACCCACUACUACCUGUACUACUACUACUAAACUGGCACUGCAGCGACCGAUAUCAUUUGCCCUCGCUGCAUGCAAAUCGCAUCAGUCACAUCGCCGACGGGCAACCACUCACUCACCACUCACCACUUCCACGAACCAAGAACACUUUGAUUCCGUCCUGCAGCCCAAUUUGCACUCCCCGAUCUCAACAACCUCUCCUCAACUUCACUCACCACCAGCCUAUGCCGCGCAGCUGAAGGAAGAAUCCCCCCGGGCAACCGCCGCCGCACCUUCACUGAUAACCAUGUCCGGGUAUCACCGCUAACCCGCCCAUUUUGUCGAUUCCGCAAUCGCACCUUUGAUUGAAUCUCCUGCUCGAGUACGCCUUCCACCAUGGCGGGCUACGUGCAGGCGCAGGAUCAGGUGCAGGCCAUCGUGGCCUAUAUCAAGACAUUGACUGUUGAGAAACUCAAGGCAUUGCUACGGACUGAAGGCUUGCCUCUGUCGGGAGUGAAGAGCGAACUUCAGAUACGAGCAAUUGCACACGUUGAAAAGCUGCGGAACGCGGGCGAUCAGGCAGGCUUGAACCGCGUGCGCGGGAUCGUUAGAGGCCUCCCGCCCGCCUACUCCAACACCUACCCUUCACCAUACUCGAAUCACACGCCAAACUCGUCCGCAUCGCCUCAAUUUGCUUCACCAAAACCUCAUGCCCCGCCCUAUGCAAUGUCACCCAAUUCCCCCUAUGCGCCGAGUCGCAUAGCAUUUAAGAACUCGCCCUUCUACACAAUCAUCAAGCCGCUCACACAGACGCUCGAGUGCAAAGCUCGAGAGACAACGCGGGAUACGGCUCGGCUGACAGUGUCACUCACCCAGACGCUUGCAGAACAGCUUACAACAGACCCGACAUGUCGAGUCAUGGUGUUUUGUGCCGCAGAAGGGUUUCCAACUUUUACUCGCGAAUACGACAUUGCAUUUCCCCAUAACGUGGAGCUGAAGUGCAACUCAGAGGAGGUAAAGGCGAAUCUACGGGGCCUCAAAAACAAACCGGGCUCCACCAGACCUGCCGACAUCACUCAUCUCAUCAAAAAGCAUGCGGCCUACCCAAAUGUGGUGGAAAUGGUCUAUGCAUUGACCCCGAAGAAGUACUUUUUGGUCGUCAAUCUGGUGUCAAAGAAACCGAUUGACACCAUGGUCUCCGAAAUCAGACAUGGAAAGACCAUCAGCAAAGAACAGAUCUUACGUGAUAUGCGCACAAAGGCCGAGGACCCCGACAUUGUGGCCACAUCGAGUGUCCUUUCACUAAAAGAUCCGGUGGCUUACACUCGGAUAGUCACUCCUUGUCGGUCGAUCGCGUGCAACCAUAAUCAAUGUUUCGAUGCAGCCUCAUAUCUCCAACUACAAGAACAGGCGCCUACUUGGACAUGUCCAAUCUGCAACAAACCUGCCCCAUGGGAAAACUUGGCACUGGAUCUAUAUGUUAAUGACAUAUUGAACUCAACGCCACAGGACAUAGAUGCCGUUGCCGUGGAGCCCGAUGGAAGAUGGCAUGUGCAGAAGGACGACGACGACCCAAAUCGCAACGGGAACCCAACGCCCAGUGAGGAGGAUGACGAUGAAGAUCUUGUUGUGAUGUCAGGAAGGACAGAACACCGCCCGCUCAAGGUGGAAGCACUUACACCACAUAGUGUGCGGACGCCACCACUUUCCUCUCGUGAGGAAUCGACUGCACCAUCUGCAUCAAGACAAAAUAAAAGACCGCGAGCCGACGUCAUCGACCUGACCCUUAGCGAUGAUGAUGAGCAACCGCCUCCCAAACAGUCCAGGCCAAGUGACACUUUGUCCAGCGCAAACGCAUCACGGGCACGACCAGCAACCGAACGAUAUGGUUUUCAGAUGCCGACGCAUUCGUCUUCUCCCACACUGACGAGGUUUAACCCUUCGCUUUAAUGUCUUUGUAUGAGCAUAGCAGUUUAGCGCGGCGUCUGGGGUCGAUCGGGUUUGGUUCGGUUUGUGUGGCACAUGGUAUCGGGCAUGAUGGGAUGGGUACCGGGUUGUCGAUACAAUAUGGCGCAUAUGGGUUCGUGGCAUGGCAUUAGGCAGGGCGUGGAAAUACAUCAAACUUUCGACAUGAGCAUCGGAGCGGUGGUCUCUCAGGGACAAGCCAUACGAAAGAAGGAAAUACAUCAGACUUCGAGAUGAGCGUCUGAUGGGCCGUGGUGUCUCAGAGGCCGACAUCACAUGAAAUGAAGAUGGGAAUUGACCGUUUGUCUUUCGGGAUGGACUGACUUCAACUUUUCUCAAGGAGACUGAUGUGGAGACUGCCUAACGAUUCGAAAUGGAAAUCGACCUGAAUCGUCCGUAUGGUCCUCAAGGUUACGAGGUACAGCGGCAGUAGUCAAGUUGAAUGCUACAGUACAUGAUGCCUGAAACUGAAACCUGAAAGGCAGGCAGAUUUUGCUCUUUGACAUGCAGUGAACCUAUUUACAGCAUCUGCUUUGUUUGUUGCAUACAGUGCAGUACCAGUAACCUUUCUCGAUUUUUUGGGCUAUAUCCUUUGGCGAUCCUUGUUGCCACAUAUGCACUGGCUGGCGCCGUUUGAUAUCUGAGAGUCCGAGUCGUCAAUGCUACUGUACGUUGGUACUUACGGUAUGCACAUGCCAUUUGGGAUUGGCGAAUGCAGACCGACUUUCGUCGGAGUAGUGGUCAGGACAGGACAGGACAAUAUAGUGUGUUUGUUUUUGUUAUUAUUAUUAUUAUCUUCUAACCAAAACAG